AUGGACCUGGCUUUCAUGACCACUGUAGCGAGACCAUUGUGGAAACUCCUAGAUCAACAAAUCCCAAUUCCAUUAAUACAUAUGUACGACUCGUAUUACUCACCAUUCACAUCAUCAUCAUACACCCAUUGUUUCACCAGUGCACCCGGCAGUACCGGUUGUACCGACGGUACCGGCCGUGCCGACAGUGCCGGUUGUACCGACAGUACCAGGAGUACCGGUAGUACCGACAGUGCCAACAGUAGGGACAGUAGUUGA